UGGAAGGCUUUGGGGGGAAAUCAGUACCCGCUUUCGGGAGGAGGAGGAAGAGGAGGAGGAGGGGAAGAGGCGACCCGGGAAGGUGGGGCCGCCUCCAUCUGCCCAUUCGCACUUCCCUAAAGCCGUAGUUGCACGGAGUCAGCCGAAGGGGAGGACGACAGGGAGAUGGGCUCCAGUUGACCGGGUGGGCGCCAGGGGCUUGGGGCAAGGCGCAGACAUGGCUUGGUGGCUCUCUUGGGCGUGCUUCGUUGUCUGCCUCCAAGAGGUGCUGGCGGUAGACUUGCACGCCUACGAGGGCAACCUGUACUCCGAGAACAUCACUCGCAUCCUGGACAAACUUUUGGAUGGCUACGACAUUCGGCUUCGACCCGGUUUUGGAGGUCGCGGCAACCCAGGAGCUGUGACAGAAGUCAAGACCGACAUAUAUGUAACCAGCUUUGGUCCUGUGUCCGACGUAGAAAUGGAAUAUACAAUGGAUGUUUUCUUUCGGCAAACCUGGAUUGAUGAGAGGCUGAAAUUUGGUGGGCCCACUGAAAUUCUGAGACUAAACAAUUUGAUGGUCAGUAAAAUCUGGACCCCAGACACCUUUUUUAGAAAUGGAAAAAAGUCCAUUGCUCAUAAUAUGACGACCCCUAACAAACUUUUCAGAAUAAUGCAGAAUGGGACAAUUCUCUAUACAAUGAGACUUACCAUUAAUGCAGACUGUCCAAUGCGUUUGGUAAACUUUCCUAUGGAUGGGCAUGCUUGUCCACUGAAAUUUGGGAGCUAUGCCUAUCCUAAAAGUGAGAUGAUUUAUACCUGGAAAAAAGGACCACUCUAUUCAGUGGAAAUACCACAAGAAUCUUCCAGUCUUCUCCAGUAUGAUCUUAUAGGACAAACAGUUUCUAGUGAAACAAUUAAAUCCAAUACAGGUGAAUAUGUAACAAUGACUGUUUACUUCCACUUGCAAAGGAAGAUGGGCUACUUCAUGAUACAGAUAUAUACCCCUUGCAUCAUGACAGUCAUCCUUUCCCAGGUGUCUUUCUGGAUCAAUAAGGAGUCUGUUCCAGCUAGAACUGUUUUUGGGAUUACGACUGUCCUAACAAUGACCACACUGAGUAUCAGUGCCCGCCACUCUUUACCCAAGGUGUCUUACGCUACUGCCAUGGAUUGGUUCAUCGCCGUGUGCUUUGCCUUUGUCUUCUCUGCACUUAUCGAGUUUGCCGCUGUCAACUACUUUACCAAUCUUCAGACUCAGAAAGCAAUGAGGAAGGCAGCCAGGGCAGCUGCACUAGCAGCCGCCCUCUCCGCAGCUACCAUACCGGCGGAGGAUGAGAUAGUCUCGCCCUCCAAUGCCAACUGCAACCUGAAGAAGCGGAUGAACGCUAUGAAUUCUCCAACAGAACAGUCUCCUGAAGCAGCCAUAUUAUGCAAUAGUGCAUCCCAACGUCAGCCACCAACUGUUCCUUCAUCAUCACCACCAACACCUCCACCCAUUGGAGGGACAAGUAAAAUAGAUCAGUAUUCCAGGAUUCUCUUCCCAGUGGCAUUUGCAGGAUUCAAUCUAGUCUACUGGGUGGUUUACCUUUCAAAAGACACAAUGGAAUUUUUCGAACCUACUGCAAUGCAUCUCCGAAAUGACCAUCAACUCAACUGAUGAGUGCAAACUUAUGUGUGACAGAGGAGAGAACAACUUGAUGGGUGAAAUGACUUUAAAGGAUGCUCGUGAAACUUUAGUUACUGUGACUGCAUCAUACUUCAGAGUUCUGAAAAAAAUUGAAGAUAUGAAUUCUUGGCAUGUAGAAGAUAUAAUCUAUGCAAUGUGCUGAACUCUACCAAUGGUUACUGAACAAACAAGUUCUACUGUUGGGUCACUUCUUGUUUUAGUUAGUUUGCUAAAUAGAUCAGCGCUCAGACCUGGGGUUAAUACAAUUUGCUGCUGCAGAAUCAUUACUCACUACAAAGUGCUGCGCUAGGCUAUGUAUAAUGUAGUAUUACAACAGUAAAUAUCACUGUUGCAAUGUGAGAGUGUCACCAGAAAAAGUUUCCAACAAGAGUACUUCCUUUUAUGAUGAUGUACAGCCCGAUGUUCUGAAUUCAGAAAUAAGUCCCAUUGAAAGUACAAUUCCAUGCAGAGUUACCCUGGGUAAUCACACUGAAAUAUAUUACACUGGAGUAACUCUGAAGUUAUUUCUUGGUCAUGGUAGAUGGGAUUGCAGCUUUGGUUCCAUGGACAAAAAAUGUGACAAAAAUGGUUAAUACAAGAACUGCUACUAUAUUUAAAGAUUUCAGAGACUAGUGCACUAUAAAAUUAUGUCUGCAUCCCACAAAACAGACGAAUAAUACCAUCAAAUCUUCUUACCAUUUCUUUGGACUCAGAGUCAAAGUGCUAAAAUGGUGGAAUUACUUGUGCUUUAUCUUAUGCUUAACAGGGAAUCUGACAUUCAUGACUUUGAAUGGAAUCCUAUGAAUCAUGAGUGGAAGAUGUUCAUGGACCUUGUUUUAUCCCAGACGCUGAUGCUGGAGGACUGGGGAGCCUCAAGGAAAAAUUCUACAGACAUGGGGGCCUGCAGUAUAGAGCAGGAAUCAGGUGUCACCACCCCCAUCUUUCUUUUCUGCCAUUGCAGAAACUAGCUCAGGAUUAGAGGAAUGGAGGCAAUCCCCCCUCCCAUUUUUCCCCUUCUUGCUGCAACCACAAUGAGAUUCCAACCACCAGCACUAACAUUUAAUGGAGGAAUGGAAAAGCUGAAAAGGUUUGCUUCCAUAAGCACCUUUGUAUUUGCCAAUUGUAGGAUCUAACUGUAUGACCAAAGAGUGGCUGUUAUUUCAGAUUAAACAAUACUGAAUACAUAGGUGUAUGAUAUAUAUGUUUUAGACACUGGUUUCUAUUUUAUACAGAAGGUCUCUGAUACUUGUGAAUACUGUAUGCUAUGAUGAAUGUUUUGAUCAAAAAGCAAUAUCUUUCUUAAAGUAUUGCAUGACAUAUAGUUUACAAUGUGAUAUACAAUUUGCAUGAUAUACAUGUAAGUAGGUGUUACCUUGGCAAAAAUAUGAUUCAAAUAUCAUGUUUUUCUACUAAACAAGCAUGGGGCAAAAGGA